CUCAUUUUAUGUGGGUAAUUCGUGACUUCUGUCUACUGAUAGAAAAAACAAUACCUGGGGAACCACAGACCCCCUCUCUCGCUCUCACGCUACAGCGGCGUGCACGUGCUGGAAUUCCUUCGGUACCUCGUCCACCCGCGGCCUCCGCUGUCCAGCCGAGCUCCUCCGCCGUCCGCACCUCCGCCGUCCAACCACCGCCUCAAAGGUAAGGAAUGGUUGCUUCACUAAGCAACCCUCUCUCCUCUGCAAGAAACUCUCACCGUCACAUCAAACCUCUCCAAUGAUAAGAAACUGAGGUUGGAAUUGCUUGAUGGGUCAAGCAACUACUAUUGGAGUUGCUCUCAUGUGCACGACGACUGAUUACUACCUCAUUUGGUAGGGUCGGCAGUUCCCAAGUCAAUGACACGCAUCUAUAACUUACAAUAUCGCACUAAGAACUGAAUAUUUUCAGUCGUUUAGUUUUCCAAUUGCAGAUGCACGAAGAGUCCCUAUUAAUAGGAAUAAUUAAGUCGUGAUUUUAUGGAAUGAAGAUGCACGUCAUGUACGUACGUAGUUUAUAUAUACAUAUUCAACAUUUUUAAAUCUCCCAAACUCUGAAUUCUAUCCUGUGUAUCACUUGAAAGAGAAUGGCAAAAGAAGAGGGUCUUGCCAUAGGAAUCGACCUUGGAACAACUUACUCUUGUGUUGCGGUAUGGCAGGAGUAGCACUGUCGAGUGGAGAUCAUUCACAAUGACCAAGGCAACAACACUACUCCUUCUUGUGUUGCUUUCACUGACCAUGAAAGGUUGAUCGGUGAUGCUGCUAAAAAUCAAGCUGCCACUAAUCCAGAGAACACCAUCUUCGAUGCCAAGAGGUUGAUUGGUAGGAAAUAUAGCGAGCAAAAUGUUCAAAAAGAUAAAAUGUUGUGGCCAUUUAAGGUCGUUGCUGGUACCAAUGACAAACCAAUGAUCGUGGUUAAAUACAAGGGUCAGGAGAAGCAACUUUGUGCUGAGGAAGUAUCAUCCAUGGUCCUUGUUAAGAUGCGGGAGAUUGCUGAGGCUUUUUUGGAAAAACCUGUGAAGAAUGCUGUUGUUACUGUGCCUGCUUAUUUCAAUGACUCUCAGCGUAAAGCCACCAUGGAUGCUGGUGCCAUUGCUGGCCUCAAUGUUAUACGGAUAAUCAGUGAACCCACUGCUGCUGCUAUUGCAUAUGGCCUUGACAAGAGAACUAAUUGUGUUGGAGAGCGAAACAUUUUCAUCUUUGACUUAGGUGGUGGUACUUUUGAUGUGUCACUCCUCACAAUCAAGGAUAAGGUCUUCCAGGUUAAGGCCACUGCUGGAAACACUCAUCUUGGAGGAGAGGACAUCGACAACAGAAUGGUGAACUAUUUUGUAGAAGAGAUCAAAAGGAAAAACAAAGUGGACAUUAGUGGCAAUCCUAGGGCUCUAAGGAGGUUGAGAACUGCAUGUGAGAGGGCAAAAAGGACACUCUCUUGUGUUGUUACCACCAAAGUUGAUGUUGAUGCUAUAUUUCAAGGCAUAGACUUCAACUCUUCAAUCAAUCGUGCAAGGUUUGAGGAAAUUAAUAUGGAGCUGUUUGAAGAGUGCAUUGAGACAGUAGAGAAGUGUCUUACUGAUGCUAAGAUGGACAAAAGCAGUGUGCAUGAUGUUGUCCUUGUUGGUGGCUCUUCUAGAAUUCCCAAAGUGCAGCAGUUAUUGCAGGCUUUCUUCAAUGGUAAAGAUUUGUGCAAGAGUAUUAACCCUGAUGAGGCUGUUGCUUAUGGCGCAGCUGUGCAAGCUGCAUUGUUGAGUAAAGGCUUUAAGAAUGUUCCAGAUUUGGUAUUAUUAGAUGUCACACCGCUGUCUCUCGGUAUAUCGAUCACAGGAGAUCGUAUGAGUGUUGUGGUUCCUAGGAACACUUCCAUUCCUCUAAAGAAGAAACAAGGAUUUGGAACAUCCUUUGAUAACCAAUCUUCGGUCGGGAUUGAUGUUUAUGAGGGUGAGAGAACAAGAGCCAGUGAUAACAAUUUGCUGGGGUUUUUUGUUCUUUCUAGUUUUCCUCCCGCUCCUCGUGGGCAUCCUUUAGAUGUGAGCUUUUCAAUUGAUGAAAAUGGUAUAUUAUCUGUUUCUGCUGAGGAAAAGACCACUGGCAAUAGGAACGAAAUUACUAUCAUCAAUGAUAAAGACAGAAUGUCGGCCAAAGAAAUUGAAAGAAUGAUACAAGAAGCAAAGUUUUAUGAGGCCGAAGAUAGAGAGUUCCUUAAGAAAGCCAAUACUAAGAAUGAUUUGGAUAAGUGUGUAUACAAAAUCAGGAAUGCCUUGAAGAAGGAUUGUAUCAGGUCAUUGGUUUGCUCUAAAGAAAAGGAGGACAUAUGUUCUGCAAUAAAUAGGGCUGCUGAUUUGCUUGAUGAGGAGAAUGAACAGUAUGACAUUGCUGUGUUUGAGGCUUGUCUGAAAGAGCUUGAGAGCUUCCUUGAAAGACUCGAGUCCUUGGGAAUCAUUGUUAAGUAAUUUUGGUUGUGUUGCUUCUCAUCUUCUUUUUGAUAAAUGCAAACAUUUAGUAUUAUCUUAAAAUAGUUUAAGUUGGAAAAGCUUGUUUUAGAUGUUUUGUGCGUGACUGGAGCGUGAUUCAAUUUAGAUCAAAGUAAUUGCAGCGGCCCGUACUUUCUAUUCUACAAUUGUAUUGAUACAAAGAAAGGAAAUCUUAUUAUUUUUUUAA